AAAUUAGUGCAAGUUCAAAUUUCGUACUACUUUAUUUUUCUUCUUAUCAAAAGAUACUAAAUAUGUUUUACUCGAUUAAAAGGUUGUUAAUGAAUGUACGAAAGACGUAUAAAAUAUUUUUGAAGUUGAAUCGGAACAGUUGUGCGAAACUGCAAAUGUGCGGCACGGAAACGGAAAUGCGAGAAGUCGCCGCCCGAAUCUGCAGGAACUACCUGCACGGAGCGUGGAAGAGCGUGGAUCCAACUGAAUUGGAGUUUAGGAGGAUCAGCGGCGGUCUCUCGAAUUUCCUGUACUACGUGGCGCUUCCGGAAGACCCGUCGAAGCUCUGCACGUUCACGAAACGCGAAAGCUCACCGGAAACCGAACUUGAGACGGUGGCCAGUAAGCUAGUCAAGAAAUCGAUGGCCAGAUCGAAUUCGUUCAGCAUCGAGGAACCAAAGAAGGUAUUGCUCAGGAUAUACGGCCAGGUCCACGGCGAGAGGGCCAUGGACGCUAUCGUCACGGAAUCUGUCAUAUUCACUCUCCUCUCCGAGAGGAGGCUGGGCCCGAAGCUCCACGGAGUCUUCUCCGGCGGGAGGAUCGAAGAGUACAUACCGGCCAGACCUCUCUUGACCCGGGAACUAGCCGAGCCUGCCCUCUCUAUGAAGAUAGCGGAGAAGAUGGCCGCCAUACACUCGAUGGACAUCCCUCUCUCAAAAGAACCGAACUGGUUGUGGAAGACGAUGUGGAAGUGGCUGAAGAUCUGCAAGGACGAGAGGCUGAACACCAUCGGGAAGAACGAAGAAGAACAGCGUAUCAUAAAGCAAUUGAAGUCGAUCGAUUUCAACAAGGAGAUUGAUUGGCUGAAGAAGUUCCUGGCUACGGUCGAGUCACCUGUCGUCUUUUGUCACAACGACAUGCAGGAAGGCAACAUUCUAAUGCUGGAGGACUCUGCCAACGCCGACGACGAAAUGACCACGAUCUUUCAAGCUUACGACGUGGAGCACCACAAAUCGAGCAAGGAGAACUACCACCUCGACGAGAUCUCGUCCGACAGCAUCUCCAGCCACAUCUCGGACAGCGGCGAGCCGAAGCUCUUCCUCAUCGACUUCGAGUACUGCGCUUACAACCACAGGGGCUUCGACAUAGCGAACCACUUCCAGGAAUGGGCCUACGACUACACGAACGACGCGCAUCCGUUCUACCACGAGUGCCAGGACGACUGCCCGACCUUGGAGCAAAAGGAAAUAUUCAUAAAGGAGUACUUAAAACAUUAUUCGUCGAACGUCUCCGAGGAGCCACAGGAGCCGAGCAUAGAUGACGUUAAUCAUCUGCUGAACGAGGUGGAAGCGUUCGCCCUCGCCAGUCACCUGUUCUGGACGCUCUGGUCCAUUGUCAAUGCUUCCAAGAGUCAGAUACCCUUCGGAUACUGGGAAUACGCGCUGUCAAGGUUCGAAACGUACCAACGUCUCAAGAUUGAGGUCAUAAAGAAGGACAACUGCGGUCUGCCCCAGAAACGAAAAAUAUGCGAGGUCGACAUAUGAGAGGUAUCCCAACUGACUGGGGCCGUGCAGCUGUCGGAUUAAAUCGAUAGAUGGCGUUGUUACAUAAAAAGUUCGGACUGAUGUCACCAUACCCAACUAGGUGGCGGUGUUUUUAAGAGAAUGGGCGGAGUUGCAAAGACUGAUCGUUAUAUGGCGGUUAAAAAGUGAUGUGAGUUUUAAGUGAACAAUAGGUGGCGCUGUUUUAAUUUUUUUCAAUACAAGCACAAUAUACCAUUUUUAUUCUAAAUUCGCUAUGCUGCUGUUAAUUAUUCGAAUAGACUGCAAAUUAAUUAGUGAGAGAUAUGCUUAGAACAAAAACAAAAGUGAUAUAACUCAAAAAUCCUAUUUAAUAGUUCCUUCAGUAGUGAUGCUGAUAGUGGCUAAACUCGCUCAGAGUCUGUUUUUGUUUGAGGCUGCUGAUGAGCCAUUCGCUCAUUGAGUAGAUCAACGGUGAUAAUCAUUGCUGACGUCUCCAGAAUGACUAAAACAUUUGUAGUUACCCAAUUCAGUGCCCAUAUGGCGCGACAUCUCAAAGUGAGUUUCUCGAACGAAAAAAAAACAGUAAUUUUAAUUAUACGUACUUAUAUUCCAUUUAAUUAUAUUAGUGACUUAAUUGUUUGUCUGUAAUGUUUAAAUGAUUGACGUGGUGCAGAAUUCGGUCGGUUGUUCAAUCUAAGACGGUUAUUAUAAACGAUAUGAACAUAG